CCAAGAAUAAUAGCUUCAGCGUCUGUUGCGUUUCAGUCACUUCCGGGGCGGAUCGGAAGUUGCUUUGUUUUGCUUCAAGAUGGCUGCGGGGAUGUAUUUGGAACAUUAUCUGGACAGUAUUGAAAACCUCCCCUUUGAACUGCAGAGAAACUUUCAGCUCAUGAGGGACCUGGACCAAAGAACAGAGGACCUGAAGGCUGAAAUUGACAAGUUGGCCACUGAGUAUAUGAGUAGCGCCCGCAACCUGAGCUCCGAGGAAAAAUUGGCCCUUCUCAAACAGAUCCAGGAAGCCUAUGGCAAGUGCAAGGAAUUUGGUGAUGACAAGGUGCAGCUUGCCAUGCAGACCUAUGAGAUGGUGGACAAACACAUUCGGCGGCUGGACACAGACCUGGCCCGUUUUGAGGCUGAUUUGAAGGAGAAACAAAUUGAGUCAAGUGACUAUGACAGCUCUUCCAGCAAAGGCAAAAAGAAAGGCCGGACUCAGAAGGAGAAAAAAGCUGCCCGUGCUCGCUCCAAAGGGAAAAACUCAGAUGAAGAAGCCCCCAAGGCUGCUCAGAAGAAGUUAAAACUUGUGCGCACAAGUCCUGAGUAUGGGAUGCCCUCAGUGACCUUUGGCAGUGUCCACCCCUCUGAUGUGUUGGAUAUGCCUGUGGAUCCCAACGAACCCACCUAUUGCCUUUGUCACCAGGUCUCCUAUGGAGAAAUGAUUGGCUGUGACAACCCUGACUGCUCCAUCGAGUGGUUCCACUUUGCCUGUGUGGGGCUGACAACCAAGCCUCGGGGGAAAUGGUUUUGCCCACGCUGCUCCCAAGAACGGAAGAAGAAAUAGAUAAGGGCCUCGGAUUCUAACACAGUUUCUUCCACAUCUCCUGACCUGGGCUAGUGCAGAGAGGAAAGCCGGUGCUGGGGCCAGGGGUUCCAGGGAGAAGUGAAUGGUGCAGUGUUGUCAUCCCUUCUCCUGCCUUGUCUCCACUCCUGGUGCUGAGGCUGCACCCAAAUCCCGUAGGGAGGGGUGCUGCAGCCACUAAGGGUAGUGCUCUCAUUCGGCCCACCCCCUUCAGAAGGAAGUGGUCUUACCCACUGUCCUUUUGCCUCCAUGCUGAGGUUGGUGCUGUAUUUCCAAGGGAGGGUCCUCUUCAUUCCCCUUGCUUUGUAUUUAAGGACUGGGGCAGUAGCAUGGGGGCGCUCCCCCAACCCUCCUAAUUCCCUCCACCCUGUGGUGGGGCUAUGGUGUAAUAAACUUUCAUUGUUCUAUUCCUGCUUUUUCCAUGGAGGGGGCUCCCCUUCCUCUGUGCCAAGAGGAUUCGUCCUGGCCUUGUGAAUGGGAGAGGUCAAGGUGGAACGCAGAUAAGCCACGUGUAAAAGAACUUGGGUAGGUGAAUAAAAGCUAUA